GAUAGGCUGCGCCGUGCUCUCGUCCUCCGUCACUUCCGGCCGCGGAGGUAGCGGUUGAGGCAGCUCUGCAGGGCUGGACUGACGUUCCCGGGCCCCGGGCUAGGCGGCCGCCAUGAACUUCUCUGAGGUGUUCAAGCUUUCCAGCCUGCUCUGCAAGUUCUCCCCGGACGGCAAAUACCUGGCUUCUUGUGUGCGGUACCGGUUAGUGAUCCGGGACGUAAACACCCUCCAGGUCCUCCGGCUGUACACGUGCCUGGACCAGAUCCAGCACGCCGAGUGGUCGGCGGACUCCCGGUUCAUCCUGUGCGCCAUGUACAAGCGGGGGCUGGUGCAGGUGUGGUCCUUGGAGCAGCCAGAAUGGCACUGCAGAAUCGACGAGGGCUCGGCCGGGCUGGUGGCCUCAUGCUGGAGCCCGGACGGCCGCCACAUUCUCAACACCACCGAGUUCCAUCUGCGGAUAACUGUCUGGUCCCUGUGCACGAAGUCUGUGUCUUACAUCAAGUACCCGAAAGCCUGUCAGCAGGGCAUCUCCUUCACCCGGGACGGCCGCUACCUGGCGCUAGCUGAGCGGCGCGACUGCAAGGACCACGUGAGCGUCUUCGUCUGCAGCGACUGGCAGCUGCUGCGGCACUUUGAUACGGAGACCCAGGACCUCGCAGGGAUUGAGUGGGCCCCAAACGGCUGUGUACUGGCGGUGUGGGACACCUGUCUGGAGUACAAGGUCCUGCUCUACUCCUUGGACGGCCGGCUUCUGUCUGCCUACUGUGCCUACGAGUGGUUCCUGGGCGUCAAGUCGGUGGCCUGGAGCCCCAGCAGCCAGUUCCUGGCGGUGGGAAGCUACGAUGGGAAGGUGCGCAUUCUUAAUCACGUGACUUGGAAAAUGAUCACAGAGUUUGGGCAUCCAGCAACUGUUACUAAUCCCAAAAUAGUGGUGUAUAAGGAAGCCGAGAAGAACCCGCAGCUGGCGCUGGGCCGCCUGGCCUUCCCCCCACCCAGGGCAGCAGCCGGCGCGGCCUCCAGCACGGAGAGCAAAUAUGAGAUUGCCUCCGCGCCAGUUUCCUUACAGACUCUGAAGCCCCUCGCUGACCGAGCAAACCCGAAAGUUGGCGUAGGAGUGCUGGCCUUUAGUCCGGACAACUACUUCCUGGCGACAAGGAACGACAGCGUCCCGAAUGCCAUCUGGAUCUGGGACAUACAGAAGCUGAAACUCUUCGUGGUGCUUGAGCAGCUGUCCCCAGUGCGCUCCUUCCAGUGGGACCCACAGCGGCCCCGGCUGGCCAUCUGCACGGGCGGCAGCAAGGUGUACCUGUGGUCGCCGGCGGGCUGCGUGUCGGUGCAGGUGCCUGGGGAAGGUGACUUUCAGGUGCUUUCUCUGUGCUGGCAUUUCAGCGGGGACUCACUGGCCCUUCUCAGUAAGGACCACUUCUGUCUGUGCUUCCUGGAGACCGAGGAGAGAGUUGACACAGCCUUCGGACGGCCGGGUGACCACACCUAGGCCGUGUGCGUAUCUGGGUCCUGGUGAGACCGAGGCAGGACGCCUGGCAUGUGCCGGCUGCAGAGAAGGGAUGGGCUUUCCUGGGCGCUGCUCCAGCCUUGGUGGCCCACAGGAAAUGAUUUGCUGUUAUCUUCCUAUAGCAUUUUUGUAAAUAUGUA